AUGGUGAAUGUUGUAUCUGCUGUUGACGAGGAGGGUAUAUCUCCAAAAAGUGCCAAGCUCCGCCUCUUGACUCUGGCCACUAGCAUGGAUCAAUUCAAGUCUAAUGUUGUCGAAGGCAUUGCUGAUUUGUUGGUGAAACUACCGUUUGACCCCAUCGCAGACAAGAACCAAUUUGGAGAAGUAGACGUACAAACCAGGUAUUAUGAUCCAUUGCUGUCGUCCAUUGUGGCAGAUACUACGAGGAAGGUUGUAUUACGAUGGCCGAACAAGGAGGACACAAUGACCACUGGCAUUCGUCCGGACGCCAUUGUAUCCACCUUGGUCCAACGUGCAUUUGGGCAAUCCCUUGGUUUUGGAGAAGUCAAGCUUGGCGGUGACAACACCACCAAUCAUUCCCUUUGCUUGGACACGCUCAAGCUCGCCGUCUUGUCGCGCAACAGCGUCUUGAAGUAUGACCAUCCUAUUCUCACUUUUCAAGUUAAUGAAAUUGGCCGCAUCACCCUGCCUGAAGCGUUAUCCUGCCUUCACUCAUUCAUCACACUGAAAAAUAUCCGUACGUUAUUGCGCGUCACCCUUUUAUUUUGGCAUUGCUGUUACCAAGCAGAUUCAUCACCAUCUGUCGUUGCACCUGUCAGCACGCCAUCCCCCACAUCCCCCAAAGUUGCAUAUCCAGUCGAUACCUCAACAUUUUCUCCCUCUGCAAGUCCCCAUACCACACAAUUAUUCCAGAUGAUUAACAAUACCACCUCGAAGUAUCGUGACUGUAGCAUCCAAUAUAAAUAA